AAGUCUACCUCGCUGAACCUGUAAGGUAAGCAUAUUCUCUAUUUCCAAGUAUUUAUACUCUUGUUUCUCUUCUUCUCCCUGUACCAGAAGUUAGAUUCUCAUCAAUGGAGAAUCCUAACAAGAAAAAGUUUGCUUGGUUGAUAAAGAACUUCUCCUCUUUGCCAUCUGACAAGCUUUAUUCUGCACCAGUCCUGAUCAGUGGCUUCUAUUGGGAUCUUUUCACCUAUCCCAAGGGAUACAAAGGUGGUGAUUCGUUGGUUGUGUCUCUCGCUGUUACUGAUGGUCAAUCAUUGCCUUCUGGAUGGGCAAGAUACGUUAAGUUUCGCCUUACUAUAGUAAAUCAUCUUUCUCAUGAACUCUCCAUACACAGAGAGACAAGUAUUUGGUUUGAUCAGAAAGCUCCAGGAUGGGGCUUAUCAGGAAUGCUCCCCUUCGCCAAACUCCAUGACAAAGAUGGUGGCUUCCUAGUGAACGAUGAACUAAAGAUCGUUGCUGAAUUAGAGGCUCUUGAAGUUAUUGGCACGUUAGAUGAGUCUAAAGAUUUGCUUGACAAGACUUCAUCAUCAGUAAAUGAAAGAAUAGAUGUUAAUGGGUUUCAGGUUCUUCCAUCACAGGUGGAAUCUGUGAGAGGGAUAUUUGAAAGGCAUCCAGACCUAGCAGAAAAGUUCCGUGCAAAGAACCAACAUCUUAGGACAGCAUGCAUGAACUUCUUGCUCAGUCUUAGCGAGAUGUUGCACAAAUCACUUCAGGAGCUCUCUAAUGAAGACCUGGUGGAAGCAGACGUUGCACUGACAUACUUGAAAAAUGCAGGGUUUAAGGUGGGUUGGCUUGAGAAGAGUCUGGACCAACUCAAAAGAACAUAAGGAGACGGGUUUCUCAGUACAAGAAUCUACUCCAUAUAUUGUGUUUGUAAUAUGAAAAUUAAGUAACAAGAAAAAACACAAGUAUCUGCCACUAAAUAAAGUAAUAAACUGUUAUACCCAGUGGCGGAGCCAGCUAGACUUAUAUUUAUAAACAUAUAACAGAUGGGUCAAUAACUAAAAAUUGUAAUAUUUUCUUAGUUAUUAACUUCAAAAUACACGUAAAAUUUUCUUUUUUUUCAACAA